CUACAGCCAUAUUUACUGUAACGCCACAACUGCGGCUUUUAAGAUGGCGGCGCCCGUAAUUGAAACAUGUCAUAUAGCUUGUUGUGCCAACAGGACACCAAAUGUUGUUUCUUGGAGUCGUGGAGGAACCAUUGCUUUUGGGACAUGUAACUCCGUGGCUCUGUACGACCCACAGGAGAGAAGAGUUGUCGCUGUGCUGAAUGGACACACAGACAGAGUGAAUACAGUUCAGUGGAUUCACAGAGAGGACUGUGCUUCAGAGAACCAUCUUGUCUCAGGAGGCUCAGACUAUCGACUCAUCGUUUGGGAGACUCAGAAUGGGAAGUUCAUCCAGUCAGUGGAGUGUAAGGGCCAUACUGGUCCAGUUUGUGCUGUGGACGCCAUCUAUGUGGAAGACUCAAAGAUCCUGGUUGCUUCCUCGGCAUCCGACUCAACAGUCAGACUGUGGCUCUGCAAUGAAACCAAAGAAGCUGUGUGCCUCCAUACCUUAUCCUUUGGCAGCAGUUUUGUGAUGGAUGUUUCUCUGGCACUGUUGCCAGGCAGCAGAGCUCCUGUUCUGGCCUGUGGGGCUGAUAACUCUCAGGUGCAUCUGUAUGUGCAGUGCGACGGGCAGCUGCAGAAAGCCCUUUCACUGCAAGGGCAUGAGGACUGGGUUCGUGGAGUGGCAUGGGCAUCUCUAGGUGGGGAGCUGUUAUUAGCCAGCUGUUCACAGGACUGUCUCAUCAGAGUGUGGAGGCUGUGUGCCAAGUCUGGGACAGACGCCCGCACAGAGGACGAUCACACCAUCAUCAAAAUGAAAGAGGAUGUUUUUGAAGUGAAGGAGGGAGGUGUGUCCUCAGUGUUUGCUGUGUCUCUUGAGACGGUCCUGGCAGGCCAUGAGAACUGGGUUUAUGGAGUCCACUGGCAGCCUCCUCUCUACAAAGAUGGUGAGCUGCAACAACCUCUCAGUCUGCUGUCUGCCUCCAUGGAUAAAACCAUGAUCCUCUGGGCCCCCGAGGAGGGAUCCGGAGUCUGGGUGGAGCAGGUGCGUGUGGGGGAGGUUGGUGGCAACACGUUGGGUUUCUACGGCUGCCAGAUGAGCCCGGAUGGAACCAUGAUCAUAGCUCAUGCUUUUCAUGGAGCGCUGCAUCUCUGGUGCAAGGACCAAGACAACGAGGGAGAGUGGAGGCCUGGGGUUGUGAUAUCGGGUCACUUUAAUGCAGUCCAGGACCUGAGCUGGGAUCCUGAGGGUGAGUUCAUCCUCAGCGUGGGCUCAGACCAGACCACCAGACUCUUCACUCCAUGGAGGAAACAAGAUGCCAAACAGGAAACCUGGCAUGAAAUCUCACGGCCCCAGAUCCACGGUUACGACAUGCAGUGUCUGGCGAUGGUCGGAAGGUUUCAGUUUGUCUCUGGAGCUGAUGAGAAGGUCCUGCGAGUGUUUCAGGCACCUCGUAAUUAUGUGGAGAACUUUGCCAACAUUUCUGGGACUUCAAGGGAAAAGCUUUUGACAUCUAGUGACUCUGCCAACCUUCCAGAGGGAGCCAGCACACCUGCCUUGGGUCUGUCCAACAAGGCCAUAUUUCAAGGUGACCUUGUCCCAGAAACCAGUGAAGAAAAGGAGCAGUUCAGCAGUGUAUCUGAUCAAUACAAGGAGUCGUACUUUCAUCCACUCAUCAUGAAUGAGCCCCCACCAGAGGAUCAUCUGCUCCAGAACACACUCUGGCCUGAGGUCCAGAAACUGUACGGUCACGGCUUUGAGAUGUUCUGUCUCGCAUCAGACAGUGCCAGGACGGUGGUGGCCUCUGCAUGCAAGGCAUCUAAAGCCGAGCAUGCAGCAAUCCUGCUGUGGAGUACAGCAACAUGGCGUCAGCUGCAGGCGCUGCCGUGCCACAGCCUCACCGUCACCCAGAUGGCCUUUUCACCCGACACAUGUUUCCUGUUGGCUGUUUCCCGAGAUCGCACCUGGUCUCUAUGGCGACGGAACCUGCCCACAACUGAAAGUGCCGAAGCCCAGUUCUCACUGUAUGCGCACACAGGGAAGGACACAGCUGUACACAGCCGAAUCAUCUGGUCGUGUGACUGGAGCCCGGACAGCAAAUACUUUGUGACAUCCAGUCGAGACAAGAAGGUGAUAGUGUGGGGCCCGUGCAGAUUGGAGGACUCUGUGGACUCCGCGCUUCCUCCUCAGAUUAAACCCUGUUCCUCCAUCUUGGAUGUGGGCGAUUGUGCUACUGCGGUGGCUUUCUGCCCCGUACUCUGUUCUGAUAACAGCUACCUGCUUGCAGUAGGCCUGGAGUGCGGCAGGAUCUUGCUGUACAAGUGGAGCCCUGACCAGGAGCCUGCUGGGGGACACGACUGGAGCAGCUGUGCAGAAACAGACAUCUCACAAAGCCACACUUUGGCAGUCAAGAGGCUCCGCUGGAGGCCCAGGACUGGCCGAGUAGGUCGAGAGAACAACAAGAAGGAUGGACAGCCUGACAGAGAGAGUGAAAGUGAGGAGGAGAGCUCCUGGGUCCAGCUUGCCAGCGCCAGCGCCGACCACUCUGUCAAAAUCUUCAGCAUCAACAAGCGGGCGCUUUAGCACCACCAACACUGACACUAUUUUGUCUCUUGCACACAGAGAGACACUUAGACUGAGGGCCACAAGCCUGACUGUUGCACCAAGGCCACAGCUGCUCGCUGGCAAGCCAUUCACUCUCUGUGACAGCCAGUUAAGUCAUGGGUCAGUCGCAAGACAAACCCACAGCACACAUGCCCUGCAGUCUGUCUGCACACAGCUGAACGGAUUUGAUGGGUGGAAGCAAGAUGGUGAAAACACCAUGACCCCAGGAUGGAAUUUUGCUUAGACAGUUUUGAAUUGAGAGAAGAAGAUGCUGCUGGAUAUCUGCACAGAUCACGUAUUACACUCUUUAUCCAAGUAAAUAUUUAUACGGCUUUUGAGUAACAAAUCGAGAAAGUGAUCUGAUCAGUAUGGUCAUGCUGUUCUUCCUGGUUGUUGAGGCUGUCAUUGAUCUCACAGGCGUAUUGUGUGUAUUUGUUUUAUUACAAAUAAAUUAAAUCUUUUGUAUAUCCAAA